AUGUCUGUGGAUUUCAGUGGACUCUCACCUGAAGAGCUGGAAGGGAUCGCCAAAGCUGCUUUUGGGGUCGACAUUGGGUUGAAGCUGGGUCCAUUACUUCUAGGAGGCAUAUUCGAUGUGAUGUUGCUAGGAGUGUUGAUCCAGCAGUUCCAAAGUUGGUGGGCAUACUGUAAACCCUCUGAAAGGAAACUCAUAGCUCUUCUCACUACAUAUAUAAUGAUUUAUUCGAUAGGCUGGACGGGUAUGGUCAUAGGAUAUGUGAUGCAUAAUUUUGUAUACAACUUCGGAAUCUUCAGUGUAUUCUUGGAAAUGCCUUACUUCACUACCUUCCCAAUAGUCGGUAUGGGGAUGUCUACAGUGAUUCAAGGUUUCUAUAUCGAGAGAUCAUGGCGUCUGAACAACCGAAAUCCUUUCUUACUUGUAUUUCUCUGUAUCUGCGUCCUUGGAGAGUGGGCUGCCGUGUUAUUAUUGGUCAUCAAGGUCACAUCGAUCGCUUCGUUGUUACAAGCCACGGAAGGUGUCCCACAUACUCGAGCUUGGCAAUGCAUGACCCUGGCAGCCGAUGUCAUGAUCACCGGUUCGAUCGGUUGGGGUCUUUGGUCCGCCAAGACAGGUUGGUCGCACACCGAUGCUCUCGUGAAGAAGUUGCUUCUAGUUACAUUGGAAACUCAAUUGGGCCCUACCCUGCUUAUGGCCGCAUUCGUGAUUGAGCUCUCUAUCCAACCGGACUCUACCCUCGGUGUCUUUUUCGAUAUCCUCAUCCCCAAAUCUUAUGCUGUCGGCUAUCUCGCUAUUCUCAACACUCGAGUGCACCUCAAACGAAAAGAUAACACCACCAGCGGCAGUAGAGAGAACCCUCAGACUAAAUCCAACACGUAUCAUCUGGGUAGCGGAAGAUUACAACAAGCUACUGUACAUGUUGAAACCGACACUUACAUCGAGUCCUAUCAGGUGAAAGAUCCAGUUCCUGGAUUGAACCGAAUCAACGAACAUUCGUAUGAAGAGUCGAUCGAAAAUUUAGAUUACUCUUCAAACCUUUCUAAACAGAACUUGAACAAGCCAAACCAAGGUUUUUAG